GACGCCGUGGCGGUGCGGGCAGUGCCGGUACCGGCAGUGUCAUGGCGGCGCCGCUGAGGGACCGGUUGAGCUUCCUGAGCCGGCUGCCGGUGCUGCUCAGGGCCACGGCGGACGACGACGUCCCCUGCCCCGGGUACCUGUUCGAGGAGAUCGCCAAGAUCUCCCAGGAGUCUCCCGGCAGCAGCCAGUGCCUGCUGGAAUACCUCCUGACCCGGCUGCAGAGCAGCUCCUGCCGCGUCAAGCUGAAGGUGCUGAAGAUCCUGCUGCACACCUGCACCCAGGGCUCCCCACAGUUCCUCCAGGACCUGAAGAGGAACGCGGGGUUCAUCCGGGAGGCAGCAGCCUUCUCCGGGCCCCCAGACCCCCUCCAUGGGAAUAGCUGGAACCAGAGGGUCCGGGUGGCUGCACAGGAUUUGGCCAGUGUUCUCUUUUCCGAGGUGCCCCUGGCCCCCCCCUCCACGCUGCCAGCCCGGCCCCUGCCCCCCGCUGGCAUGGGCUCCAGCCCCAGCCCGGGAGGCUCCUUGCAGGGAUUUGGCUUCAGCAGUGAGAGGAGCAGCUCUGGCUCCCCGGGGGAAGCUCUGCUCAGCACCAUCCAGCGUGCAGCUGAAGCCGUGGCCCAGGCUGUGCUGCCCGGCCCGGGGGGCCCCCGCCCGCUCCCUGGGGGGCUUCUCCAGGAUUCCUACCAACCCGUCAGAGCCCCCUCUCCCACCAGGAGCUCCACUGGAGCUGUGAAGCCACCAGCAGCCACCACAUCCCACAGCACCCGAGUCAGGCACCAUCCGGGGCUGGCAGGAGGUGGUUGGGAGGAGGCUGACAGUGGGCACAGCUCCCAAGACUCCUCCCAGGGGAACGGUGACUUGAGCAGAACCUCGGAUUCCUGCAGCAAAUCGGGCAGUGACAGCCACUCGGGGGGCAGCCGGGAGCUGAGCCAGGGGGCUGAGAGGGGGGAUGCUGACAGCCCUGGUGACUGCCACCGGGAGGUGAACCUGGUGUCGGUGCUGACCCGUGGCCCCAGAGUCUUCCUCACCAGGGAGGAAGCUCAGCACUUUGUCAAGGAGUGUGGGCUGCUGAACUGUGAGGUGGUCCUGGACCUGCUGAACAGGGCCCUGGAAGACCCCAGUGACAGUGUCAGGAUGAGAUCCAUGGGUGCCAUCUCCUCCCUGGGCUGCUCCGACCUCCUCCCCCUUGACCAAAUCUUUGCCAGCACCCGGUGGCACCUCCAGCAGCUCAGCAGAGGCAGCCCGGGCCCUGUCACCAACCGAGCCACCAAGCUCCUGAGGCAGCUGGAGGCUCUCUGCAGUGGACACCCCACCCACCGGACCCCCCACCCGGACCCACACCUCACCGUGGGCUCAACCCCACACCCCGGGGACCUGCUGACAGACACCGACCCCCCUGCAGACCCCACCAUCCUCACCCCCCUGACCCCAACCCCACAGCCCCCGGCUCCACCGGGCCAGGACACCCCCGGGGUGGCUGUGCCCCAGGAGCCCGAGGUGGCCAGCGGGCUGGCAGGGGACCCGGCCGGAUCCCUGUCCCUCUUUGCUGGCAUGGAGCUGGUGGCCCGGCCCGGUGAGGUCCUGCUGGGCCGGCCCAGUGUGGUACCGUGCCGGGACUCCCUGCAGGCCCAGCCACGGACACUGCCCCGGGAUGGACAGAGCGGCCCCGAGGGCCCCCGCCAGCCCUCAGCCUUUUCCUUUCUCAACCUGUAGCUCCCGGGAGGGCUGUGGGGGCUUCCCCACCCUGGGAUGUGUCCCCCGUGGGACCCCCACACCCCCCCCGGCAGCCCCACAGCCCCCAUCCCACAGCAGAGAGGGAAGAGGGGGCUUGGGGUGUGAGGUGGUGGGGGGGCCCGGGGCUUUGGGACGGUUCUGAUGUCCCUCACUGGCAUUUUGGCCAAAAUUCCCCAUUUCUGGGGAUUUCCGUGGCCUUCCCCCAGCACCCCCCGUGCGGGGAACAGUCAGUGCCUGCGGGGGGGUGGUUUGGGGACCUGGCCAUGGGGUGCCCCAUGGCCCCCAGCCUGUGGGGUUGGGGUGAGGGGAGACGACACUGUGGGGCCGGGACCCACCAAUAAUAAACCCCACGUCUGGCACUG